AUGUUUCAGGGUAAACCCAGAAGGGCCGACUACACCAAGGAGUGCAUCUACGAGCUCACGUCUGUUUCCGCCUCAUUCGGCCAGUUCGAUGAAAACAUGAAGUCAUUCGGUGUCCUUAUGAACCUCCGUUGUAUCGCCAACACUUGUCCAUUGUUGUACGUGUGA